UCACCACAAAAAAAAAAAAAAAAUCAACGAAGUUUGAGGAGGAGAAGCUCUGGUUGCUGUUGCAAAAAUGGCUAAUAGGUAAGAGACACAUUAAUUUUUUAAUUAUAUUAUUCAAAUGCUAUUAUGAUUUUCUUUAGUUAAUUAGUGAGUUUGUUUUUUUUUUGUAGUGAUUUUAGAAGAUUUGAACUAGUCGUUCGGUGGAAAUGGAAGAAAGUAGAGGAUAAUUUGGAUGUCGAAUUCGUUGGUGGUAGUAGUUUUCAAUUGACGGUUCUAUCCAGGGUGACAUAUCACAAACUUUGUGAGAAUCUAAUUCCGAGAAUACGACAUAGAGACGAAGCAGUACAAGAUAGUGAUGUUAUCACAGGUUUCACUUAUCGUCUUCCAGAAUGGCAUAAUGGUGUUUUAUUUAUUAUUCGAUGCCUAUUAUGGAUGAUGAUAGUUUGAAUGUGCUUUUCGAUUUUAUGGCACGAAACCCUUUUUGUUUGGGUGCUGUGAUACAUGUUGUGCUUAGUGAGAAUCGGGAUGGAGAGAAAGAAGAUACAUGGAGCAUGCUAUCCGAUCAUGACGAUGUUGACGGAGAGGAGGAUGAUGCGGAAGAGGAGGAGGGUGAGGAAGAAGAUGGCGAAGGAGAGAACCCUAAUUAUCCUCCAUAUUUUUACUUGCAGGGUAAUGAAGAGGACGAUGAAUUAUCAUAUGCUGAUUCAUAUGGCGUAAUUCCAAUGCCUGUUGUUGCUAGUUUUGAAGGAGAAUUCUAGAAGGGGCAGAUAUUUCACUCGAAACAAGCUGCACAGGUGGCGAUUAUAUACCACGCACUACAACGCAACUUUCAAUAUGGCGUGGUGGAGUCGUCACCUUCAAUCUGCAAGGUCAGAUGCUUGAGGCACAAGGAUGACAAUUGUCCUUGGAUGGUGCGGUUUGGAUGUCGAGAUGUUGGAAGCGAAUGGACUAUGAGAAAGGCCGAGUUGGUGCAUUCUUGUAGCAGUAGGACUGAACCGACGGAUCAUCUCCAUCUUGAUGUCGAUAUUAUAUCUGAGGCAGUCAAACAUUUGGUACGUGCCUAAUCAAAUUUGAGUGUUCUA